GGAAGACCCUGUCUUUGGGGAUGGGGGAAGAAAAGAAAAAGAAAAUGCUUCUCUUUAAAUUUGUCUAUUACUAGCCUAGGAGACAGAGCUGGGGUUUGGGGGACCGUGAGUGCUUGAGUCUCUGAGCUGGCUCCUGAAAUGUGUUCUCUGUCAGUUCUGGGAAGGUGAUUUUGGCACAGCUGGGGCCUGAGAAUGAGACUUCCAGUCUACUUGUCAUCAGACUCAGCAGGAAGAGUCAAUGACCCUCUUCCCAGUUGCUCCCUGCCAGUCAUGCUUAGGAUGAAGAGAGGUCAACCUUGGGGGUAGUGUGUCCAAGUGAAGGUUUCACUGAUGCCUUUGAGGGGCUGAGGUCCUCCACUGCCCCAGAGCAACCACUAAACGAUGAAGGCUGCUGCUCUUUCCUGUGAUAAAAUCCAGUUUCCCUCUAGUUCUUCCUGACAGUGCUGCAAGGUGUCUUGGACCUGGAAAAUUGAACAUGUGUAUGUGCAACAGGUUUUUGGAAAAGUCUAGCCUGUGGUAGCUACCCUUCAUUCUUGCCAAUCAGCCUUCUUGAAGGUAGUGUCUUCACCUGCAAGAUCAUUGUUUAAGCCCAUUAAGUUUGUGCUCACCACAGUGCUGUGUUCAGGGAACAAUGGUCUGCAGCAUGCAUGAGUAAAGAGGAUUCUGGGGUGGCAGAGAGCCUGCAUAAUUCAUCUCUGUGUUCCUAAACCCCAGCACUGGACCUACUGUGCAGCAAGAUAAAUAAAUAUUUGUAGACUACGUGACUGUGUUUGCUGCUUGUGUGUGCCCAGUGGGAGAUCAAGAGACCACAAUAAGAAGACAGGCCUGGGAGAUUCUGUGCUUGCCCAGAGGGUUUCACCCUCUAGUGAAUGCUCCACCUCCCACAGCUAUUUGACCUGAAUGUGUAAUUCCGGCUUUCCGGCCAUUUGUAGAACUUUGACCUUCUGGAGGCUGGGAGGUCUAACCCCCAAUUCUGGUUCUAGGCAGCUUGUUCUGCUCUGAACUGCCUGACUUGCUUUUAUUAGCUAGAGGAAGAGCCUGGGGCCAUCAGGAGUCUGCACUCUGUUUAAAUCCCAGCCUGCCCUAUGGGCUUCCCACCCCCCUUCCUAUCCCCUGCAGGCUAGGAAGACCUGUCCAAGCAGGGGUUCGGACUACAUCUCCCAGCGUGCCUGGCAGAAUAGUGGCCUUGGUGUGCCGGCUGCACCAGUUGCCGGUGACAAUGCAGCGGACAGUGAGCGUGGUGGCCCCUCUGGGUUUUCGUCUGCAGGCACAAUCCUUGGUCCAGAGCCGCCCACUCAGUUGUGUACAGGAUGUGCUCCGCAGGACUCCACUCUAUGACUUCCACCUGGCCCAUGGAGGAAAAAUGGUGGCGUUUGCAGGGUGGAGUCUGCCUGUACAAUACCAGGACAGUCACGUUGUUUCACACCUGCAUACACGCCGGCACUGUUCUCUCUUUGAUGUGUCCCACAUGCUGCAGACCAAGAUAUUUGGUUGUGACCGAGUGAAGCUGAUGGAAAGUAUAGUGGUUGGAGACAUUGCGGAACUAAGGCCUAACCAGGGAAUACUGUCACUGUUUACCAAUGAAGCUGGAGGCAUCUUAGAUGACUUGAUUGUGACCAAUACUUCGGAGGGGCACCUGUAUGUAGUGUCCAACGCUGGCUGCUGGGACAAGGACUUGGCUCUCAUGCAGGACAAGGUCAAGGAGUUCCAGAACAGGGGCAAUGAUGUAGGCCUGGAGGUGGUAGAUAACGCCCUGUUAGCUCUGCAAGGACCCACUGCAGCACAAGUGCUACAGGCUGGUGUGACAGAUGAUUUGAGGAAACUGUCCUUCAUGACCAGUGCUGUGAUGGAGGUAUUUGGUGUGUCUGGCUGUCGCGUGACCCGCUGUGGAUACACAGGAGAAGAUGGUGUGGAGAUCUCAGUGCCAGCAGCAGGGGCAGUCCACUUGGCAUCUGCUUUACUGAAAAACCCAGAGGUGAAGCUGGCAGGACUAGCAGCCAGAGACAGCCUGCGCUUGGAGGCAGGCCUCUGUCUGUAUGGGAAUGACAUUGAUGAACAGACUACACCUGUGGAGGGCAGCCUCAGCUGGACACUGGGAAAGCGACGCCGAACUGCUAUGGACUUCCCAGGAGCCAAAAUCAUUGUUCCCCAGCUGAAGGGUGAGGUGCAGAAGAGACGUGUGGGGUUGAUAUGCGAAGGGGCCCCAAUGAGAGCACACAGUCCUAUCCUGAGCACAGAAGGCACUGUGAUUGGCACAGUGACCAGUGGCUGCCCUUCACCCAGCCUGAAGAAGAAUGUGGCAAUGGGUUAUGUGCCAUUCAAGUACAGUCGGCCAGGGACACAGCUACUGGUGGAGGUUCGGCGGAAGCAGCAAAUGACGGUGGUUAGCAAAAUGCCCUUUGUGCCCACGAACUACUAUACUCUCAAGUGAAGAUGGCCCAUGGAAAAGCCCUUCCCUAGAAGUCUUGCCCUAGAAGGCAUUCCAUAGUGCUUAGUCAGAACAGUGAAGCAGAACUCAUGGGGUAGAAGCUGAAUGGGGUUUGCUGUGGUCUGGGUAGGGUCGGGAGAACAUCCCAUCUAUUCUCCUUCUCCAUCAAGCUAUCCUAACUUUAGUGCCCAAUUUUUUAAAAUAACAAAUCACCUUAAUUGACGUUCUAUUUUAGCCCGCAAUCCCACUAACCUUAUUCUGCCAGGUGCUGGCUAUAGAACAAACAUCUAUUUGCCUUUGGAGGACAGCACCUGCCCAACCUACCUCACCAUGGUUUCUCUGAUUUCAAAGGGCUAUUACUCUGGGCAGUGUGAGCUUAGGUACCUCCUCCACUUUGCUCCCCAUGAAUGCAUACCCUGCCUUUCCUUGGAUAAAAAUGACUUCUGACUCA